AUGUUUUCAAAAUCAACUAUACUAAAUACUAAUAAUACUUUUAAAGUACUUGUACGUUAUAAAAGAACAAAAGGAUCAGGAGAAGUAAAUGCGGCCACACAAAAAAUAGUAAAUCAAUUAUCAGUUUUAUCAGCAUCAAGAAAACAACCAAAAUUAUUGAAUUUAUGUAAUGAAGAUUUAAUUAAACAUAAAACUAUAAUGAAUGCAUGGAAUUUAUUUAAAUCAAAGAAGAAUUUAAAACGUGAAGAACAAUUAAGAAAACAGUAUGAAAGUAUGAAAAAUGCAAUGGAAGAUUUAAAAAAUACAAAUAAACAUUUAUAUAAAUUGGCAAAUUCAAAACCAAAUAAAAAAGAAGUCGAUUUAUUUCCAAUUGAAAUGAGAAUACCCACUGAUUAUCCACCAACUAUUCCAUGGAUAUACCUGUAUAAACCUAGAAAAUAG